AUGGCGUCCAAACCUAGAGUUAUAGUACUUGGUGGUGAGUGGUUUGUCAACACUAUGCCGCUUACUAAACCGUUUCAUAGUAAUCUUAUUGUUUAGUGAGGAGUAUUAAGUCAAUUGAUCAUGAUUGACCUUAGCCCACGCACCAUUUCACCUGGGUUGAGGAUCUAUUUUCUUUCAAUUGGAUGAAGACAACACAUAAAAAAGGGAAACUAUAUAUCAUCAGAAGGCUUAUAUGUCGCCUCCGUCUCUCCCUACCCUUCAAAAUAAUAUCACCGACAACACUGAUCUUAACAGACCUUGGCACGGUUUUGAGGUGUAUUAACUGUAGAUAAAUCAUUUAAAUUGAAAUUAAUACAUUUUAAUUUCCCCCAUCUCACAUUGUCUUCAAUUCUUCAGCUAAUUCUUUUUAACCAGUUAGAGCUGACCAAAUUUGGUUUGCUACCAUAUAUUAUCCUGUCAUUUACAUCAGUCACUGAUACUGGGCUAUCAACCACCCCCACCCCCCCCCACCCCCGCCUCCCUUCCCCCCAUGUCUGAGUCUGACUCAUCAAAUAUUGAGAACUGAUAGGGAAAGGAUGAAAGGUGACAUAAACAGUUCAUAUUUAGUCACAUUAUCACUUAAAUUUUAAUGGCAUACCGAAGUUAAUGAGGACACACUUCAUGUUGACAGUAGCUCAAACAAUGCAGAUUUUUUGAAAUUUUAUGGUUGGAAAGUUGAGUCUGCAAGAAAUGGCAAACUUUGGCGAUUAUCUAGGAGAUUUCAGACUCUAAUCUGGAGACUGGGAGGUACGGUCCAAAAUCUGGAGUCUCCCAGAUUAUCCAGGGGAGUUGACAGAACUGCAAUAAGAUGACCUGCAGGGCAACUUCCUAUAUGAAAGAAAGAGUAAUAUGCAAAUUCAAAAUGGAUUUUACAAAAUCUUUGUGUUGGUGUUCUAAUCUAAGUAUUUUAAUGAUGACAUAAUUUCCUAUUAAAAGGCCAGGCCUCAGUUGUUCAAAAGGUGGAUAGCGCUAUCCAUUGGAUAAAUCUCUGUCUAGUAGAUAAGUAUUGCACAAUCCACUGAAUAGAGAUUUAUAUUAUGGAUAGCGCUAUCCACCUUUCCAACAAUUGGGGCCAGGUCUGAAAAUGGGUGUAGGAAAUGACAUUUUUAGCUUUGAAAUAGGGUCAGGAUUUUGACAACUCUAGGCAGCACACCCCCACUAAGAUUUUCAAAUUUUCAGAUUUUCAGGAGUCCCCUUCCCUCCCCCCCCCCCACCCCAUAAUAGCAAAUUACAACUCCUGAUGGCAAUAAGUAAGCCAACGGUGACCUCAUUGUGUCUGGAGUCCUCUCUUUUCCUUUCGCUUCAGCAGAGAAAAACCAGAGAAGAGGAAAUGACUGAAUAUUUUUUAAUAUAUUUUUGAAAUCAAUUGACUUUGAGACAUGACAUUUCAUGAGUGACUUUUUCUGGUACUUGUAGAUCAAAUAUUAGUUUCACUUCUUAGCAGUUAAACGAACUGGUCAUAAAGAUGGCCUUUAAACGUGCUCUCUUUGACUAGCUGAUGUCUCUCUCUCAUGUUUAUUAAUAUUGUUUUUGGUUGCUAUCUGUUUUAAAUGCAGGUCUAGGAUUUGUUGGUCGUAACCUUGUAUGUUAUCUUGUUGAGCAUGAGUUGUGUUCUAAGGUAAGAAUAUCUUUGUUUGAACCACUGGUAAAGGCUACCUCUAUAAUACAUGGUAAGGAAAACAUUUCAAAAUACCAAUGUACAAACCAACUCACUGGUACAGUGUAGCAGCUGGGUCAGUCAAGCAUGAGCAAAGAACAUCUGCAAUUUCCAGGAAGAAUAAGCAAACAUAUGUCUAACUUGUAGGACUGGCCUGAAAAAUUGGCUGUUUUGGACUGCACAAGCUUUCCAACACUCCUGUACUUAAAGCCAUAGAUUGAGAACACCCUCUGUUAUAAAAUACAAUUUUUUUUUCUGUGACAUGUGCAAUUUUGCAAAUACUUAUUACUGAAGUUGCCAGUCUAUCUAUCAAUUUUUAGAUUCGGGCAGUUGAUAAAGUUCCACCAAAGACUGCAUGGCUGAAUGAAAGACACAAAGUAAGUUAGAAUAACAGCACUAUUCACAACUCUGUAACUACAUGUAUAUAGCUUUGACAGUGCUACAGGGUUUUAUCUAUUUUUUUUGAAGUUGGAGGGUAACCAAUGUUGAGUAUAAAAUUAUAGGCAGAGAAAGUUUGUGUGAAAAAAGUGGUAAAUUUUCUACCUUGCAUGAAGGCAGAGUACACUGGUGCCAGCUGGUCCCAGGUCACUUCUAAUAAAACCCCAGUGUUGUCACUGACGACUCUGCAGAGAUGUUUUCCAGAAGCUGUUCAAAGUUUUUGUGUGCAGUUACAGACCCUAAACUUAAGUCAACUAAUUUUUGACCAUCACAGGGGCUAGGGAUGUAGGUCUCUCAUGUCACCCAUAUUAUGGGUAUUGGUGUUCGGUGAUCUCCAUUUGAUUAUAAGCCAUACCUGCUGCAGUCGCCAGUGAGUUGUCAAUGUAACAUACUAUUUUGGUAUUUCACAUUAUUGAUGGUGAUCGAACAAUGUACUGGCAAACUCGACCGAAAUUACAAUGAUGAGCAAUAUGAGUUUCUCUUUUACCAUUGUCAUUUUUUCAAGUGACAUGAAUGUUUCAGCACUAUAUAGCCUAUAACUAGUAUAGAGGAUAACAUUUUGAAGUUCUUAUAUGUGUGGCUUUAAUAGUUCCUGCUACAUACAGUAGAUGGUUGUAAUGAUCAAUAAUUUUUAUUGAUCUGGGUCACUGUAAAAAACUAUUUUUGCAGGAAGCUUUUCACCACAGUAAUGUGGAGUUUAAAAGUGCCAAUCUAAUUAGCCCUGGUAAGAAUCAGCUGAAUACUAUUAUUUCUUUAACUUUUAAACAAGUAAAAAUGAGGCAUAAAGUUGAGGAAUCUUUGUAAAAUUUCUAAGAAAUCCUCAAAUUUCCUGCAGAGAUUUUUUUCAUUUUUCCUUCCCUCAAAGUGGGCCCAGGGUGCCAAGAUGAAAAUUUAAAAACUAAGUUUUUUAAUAAUUGCCCUUUGAGCAAGCUGUUGCUUAGGCUUGCUCAAGCCCAGAGCAAUAGGCCAUUUGCACUAACAGGUCAUGUGACAUCAUUUUUAUUAAAAUGAAAGUUAUAUGAUUUUGCCUUCAAAAAACCAUUAGUGGGACAUAUCUUAAACAAAAUAAUAGUGAUUUAGUUUUUCAAACCUGCACCAUUUUCUUAAAAUGAGUAAGUUUGUAGCUGGUCACGUGACCAAAGUGUGAUUUUUAAAGCUAUGAAUUACCUCUUUCUGAACAGAAAUUUUGCAUUUAAACUUCAAGGAAAUUGUUGAAGAGAUAAUGGUGGUAGCGUUUACAGCACAUCUGAGCGUAACUAUCAAACGUUUAACAAGGUACAAGCAAAAAGAAGUUUUGGCCGCCAUGUUGGAGGGCAAAGGUAUGCCGUCCAACAUGGUGGCCAUUACACUACAUUGCUUUGUUGAAAAAUCAAAGUGCCAUAAAAUAUCUCCCUUAAAUUUGUUUCCUCUCAAAUUUCGGGUGUAAGAUAAUUUUUAUGUGCUCAGUCAAUUUUUGGCAUCAGCAAUUAAGAUUCCAACUCAUUGUUUAAAGGAAGCAUUGGUCACAUGACUUUGUAGUGUAGGUGGCCUAUCAUGUAAUCUUGCCAAUCUUGCCAACCUCCUUUUUCACUUACAUGCUCUUUAUCCCAGAAAAUGUUACCUGCCAUGAGGCCACUUGUAAUUUAAAAAUGCUAAAAUAGAGUGCAGUUGGUUGCUUGACUAGUCUCAGGCUAAUCAGGCAGCAGUUUUGUUGCACCCUGAAAUUUAUCAAAUGCAUAGUAUUUACUGUUUCUCUUUCUAACCUCUUUGCCUGAUUUCUGUAUAGUCAGUGUGGAGAAAGCAUUUUUGGAUUCUGAAGGGGAUUUUGACAUUUGCAUCAAUUGUGCUGCAGAAACAAGAUAUGGGCAGUCUGAACAGGUAGUCAAGUUAGACCUUGUCUUGUUGGGACAUAACAGAACAAUUUCGCCCACAAGCAUUAAACGUUUGCUCAAUAUUGGGCCAAGGGGAAGGGGGAGGAAGGAAAAAAGAGGUAAAAAAAGCAACUUUCCCAACACUUUUGACAAUGAUUGUAGGUUUGACCUGUAGCAUAAUCACCAUGCACUAUACCUAUCAUGUAUUUUAUUAUUGGGACUGGCCAUGUAGUUUCUGGUUGUGAGAGCUUAAAAUCCAAGAAUGGCAGCUUAUGGGAAUUUAAAAAUUAAUGCACCCUUAAGAUGGAAUUUCAAUUGGGAUUUUGUCAGGGCACCCACAAGUAGAGCUCUGAAACAUUUUUAGGAGUGAUUAAAAACUUUGAUUUUCAUUGACACUUCAUAAGAGGUGUGGGGAUUUCAGGAAUGGCCAGAAAGAUGGCCAUUUUUUGCCCCACAGUAAAAACCGCAUCUUCUAUAAAAAAUGAAGGGGAAAGGAUCGGCAGAGAAAAGAAUCAGUUGAUAACGGUGUAAGCUGUUGUCAAUACCAUUACAUUUGCAAAGCAAUUGUGAAAGGAGAAGGAAGAAAGAACUGUCAUGCAGGCCAUUAUCCGCCAUCGUUAUUGUAAUUUGAAAGUACAGAGAUCAUGUAUGAAGUGUUCUUUCUUGUAGGUGUAUAAAGAUGGUAUUUUAAAACUAAGUUUGAACUGUGCAAAACAAGCUUUAAAAUCCAAUGUCAAGAGGUAUAUUGAGAUCUCCACUGCCCAAGUGUAUUCUUGUGACAAGGUAUGAAAUAGCAUUGUAAGUCACAUACUGUUAAAUUAUAAGCCUUACCUGUGAGAACUGUAAAGUGAAUAAAAACCUGUGGACUAUGUUGUAGUUAAUUUUUUGUCUCAGUUAAUUUUGUUUUCUCACUAGCUAAUUUUUUUCUAACUAGAUAAUUUUUUUCUAACUAGUUUAUUUUUUUCUAACUAGGUAAAUAAUAAUUUAACUAGUUACAUUUUUUUUGGCUGGUUGAUUUUUGUUUUUGCAACAAAUUAUUUUAUAAAACCUGUUAUUUUCUUUUUUAAGUAAAUGCUCAAGGGUUUUUUUUGUUUGUUUGAGUAGGGUUAGGGUUAGCUAUAGGGUUUGGGUUAAGGUUGGGGUUAGGGUUAGGGUUGGCUUUCAUUAAGGGUUAGGGUUAACUUUGGGUAAGGUUAGGGUUAGCUUCUUCAUAAAAAUUGAGUUUGUAAUGAGUAUCUUCAUGGAAUAAUUCACAUUAUUUAUUAUUCAUGGAGCGUUAAUUUCCUAUAAUAAGGUAACCAGGUACAUGCACCCUCAGUUUAUGAACAUGAACAGCCUAAAAUGUAAGCACUUGGACCUCUUUUAAGUAGCAUCCUACUAAAGGGCCACCCUCUAUUAUUUUUUAGCCAGUUUGGAGGGUGCUAGCAGACAAAAUUGUCAGUAAAGCGCUGUAAACAAAGCCCCUCUACUAAGUAUCCACUUGUCUCUUCCACAAAGGUGACCUUGUUAAAGGUGGUGUACUGUACACACCUCAUAUUAAUGAAAUGCUUUGGGCUGAUUUUUUAGGUUGCUAUAGGUGGUUUUUACUUUAGUCAAUGCCACAGCCACCAUAGUUUUAUGAUCACUUACUAAGAAACUUUUCAAGAAGUAUGUAACUAUUUAUUGUGCAUGGUCCAUUUUUAUUUGCUUAUCAUUAUUGUUAUUGUUAAAUUUGUAUUAUUAUUUUAUGAUCCAGGGUGAGAGCGAUGAGAAGAGCAAAACAUCACCUUGGACAUGUAUUGCAAAGUACAAACUUAUGGUUGAAGAGGAAUUAGCUAAACUUGAGGGGUAAUGAAUACAUCAUGUAAAGCUGUGUUUUACAUUUUAUGCUUUUGGUUGUUGUUGUUCUUUGUUUUUGUUUGUUUGUUUGUUUGUUUGUUUUGUACUUGUUGUUGUUCCCUACCACUGUCUAGAGGUACUCCACCCAAGAAAUGACAGCAUUUUUGUUAAUAAUUAUAUUUUCUUUCCCCUUGCUAUUUUUUGUCUUUCAUUUUUUCAUUUUUUCAUUUUAUUUUAUUUAUUCUUCCAAUUCCUAGCUGAUACAUAGUUAUGUAAAUAUAACUGAAAAAAAAUAAUGUAGUAACAGAUAAAGAUUUACAAAGGAAAUAAACGCGUAAAAUAGAAAUUACAACACUUAAAUUGAAUUACAUUGUAUAUUGGAAGGAGAGGAGAGGGGCACAUCUAGAUAAACUAAUAUUGUGCCCCUUAAAGUUAUGUAUAACAAAGGACUUAAGAUUAUCAAUAAAAAAGUAAAGGAAAAAUGACAAAAUAGCUCAGAAAGUUGUAAAAGGGAUAUUGAUUCAUUAGUAUUGAGCCAGGUACCAGUGUAAAAGUGCUUUUUUAAACAUUUUUUUAGAUGGUUUGUCUCUAAUGGAUUGCGGAAUAUCGUUCCAAAAGAAACUUCCAAUAAUGCUGGGGCUAAAUCUCCUAAGAUUAGUUCGAAAUAUAGGUAUUGCAACUUGAUUGGAUGAUGCACUGCGGGUACUGUAAUUAUGUAGUUCAGAUACUAAUGAAACAGGUAUAUUAGGAAACUUUUCAUGGUGGAAAUAAUCAUAAAAAAGCAUACGUGUGUUCAGUUUAACAAUAUCAGGAAAUUUCAGAACGCCUAAGGAUGUGUAGUGUGGAGUUAUUGAUUCCAUUAAAGGAACAUCAUCUAUAACACGAAUCGUUUGUUUUGUAACGUUACGAUUUGAGACAAUGGAGCAAUAUUUGAGACAAUAUUUUUUGUCUUCCGUUCUUUCCGUUUCGCUUUUUUGUUUUCAUGCACUUUUACACUUUUUUCUUUCAGGUUAAACUACGUUAUUGUUAGACCAGCAAUCAUUUAUGGGGUAGCUGACAGAAGGGGGCUAAGUAUGUUUCAUUUACCAGAUGAAAAGAGUUAUUGUUUUAAUACUACUAUUGAAUUUGUUCUGUCACUGACCACACUCAUGGCUGGUGCACAAUAUACCAAGUGAAUGACAAGUCUCAAGUUAUGUCACAAAGAACACAUCAAUGAUACCUAGCACUUACACAGUAGAACAACACAAAUUAUAGUGCAUAUAUCGAUGUGGUAAAUCGAGGAUCACCCAAACUCACGAAUGGAAAACCCGUUUUCUAGUUAUAAUGAUGUCCGACAGUUUCGUCUCCUUGUUACCUUUUUUAUUAAAUAGAGAGAUUUAGAAUUACGUUUGUGGCAAACACCACACGUCAGUUUCAAGUUAACAAUUUAAAUUUCAAAUUCGGAAAUAGAUGGAUAAUAACUGUCCACAAUAAUUUCAUGGGUAAAAAUGGAAUGAAACUACUCAUUCUGUGCAAAGAUCACCGAAAGUCGACGUAACAAUUACAUGCAAAUUUGGAUGCAUGAUACAGCAAGGACGUUUGUCGUGUUUGCCGUAAAUUCUAAAUCUCUUUUGUAAUGCCACCACAAAGACGAACAGAGUCUUGAGCUGUUGACUGAACAGUUAAGGAUGUACAUUUAGAAUUCUAGUCAUAGUUGCAAUCGGGCAAGACAUUUAUACAUUGAGUCAUAGGUAUGAGAGAAAGCUCCCUUUGUUACAUUUAACUGUUCAGUUUGCCCUGUGGACCGCUACUGGAUAAAAGCUGUCUUAAAGCUCUAGUCUUGUAUAUUUCCUGGCAUAACAGUCCACAUUUUUUUGGCAAGGGGAGGGGGAAACUGUUAGUUACCUCGCUCAAUUUUGGUUGGCUUUGCUAUCUGCUAACAAUAGGUAGAUAUUCAGUUGUGAAGUCCAAGCUGUUAUCUACUUGUACAAUAUUAACUUUAGUUUCUCUCAUCUCAUUUCAGCCCCAAGAUUGAUUAUUGGAGCUGUCUACAAACAAAUGGGAGAAAAGAUGAAGGUACAGUUGUUCACUGUUAUCCUAAAAUCUGGAAAAUAUGGCCAUCAGAGCAGCACUUGGGAUCCGUUUUUGUUCGAUAGAAAUAGGGUGUAUUGGAUAGAAAUAGGGUGUGUUGGAUGAAGUUGAGUAGGUUAUGAAGUACUAUGCGAAUCGAGGAGGGUUUAUUCGCCGAUUAAAUUGAUUUCCUGUUAUUUUACGAUUGAAGUCACUCGUAUAGAAUUCCAAAUUUUUGUCAGUACUAGCUGAUUUUAGAGGAAUUAGCGGGGGAUUUAAGCCAAUCAGAAACUGAGAAAUGAAUGAAUGAAUCUCUUUUAUUUCAAUACGGUAGUUUCGAUAAGUUAAAAAAACCUUUUUACUUGAAAUCCGUAUUCAAAUACACACUGAAUAUAAAGUCUGUUAAGAGUGACCGUUAAAGUACAAAAGUUAUGUUUACAAAUCUCUACCUGAUCAAAAAUACUUGGAAUACAAAUUAAAAGAGGCAAUAACAGAGAAAUUUAAGGAUAAAUUUAAGGAUGAAGUAACGAUUUGACAGCUACCAAUAGGUUCCUUUUAAAAAAUGCUCCUUGGUUUAGCUGAUUUCAAGUUCUGAGGCAGAGAGUUCGACAUUUGUGCUCCCCUGUACGAAGUUGAACCUUUGUAGUAUUCCGUUUUUGGAACAAGUGAUAUUUCAAUGUCUAAGUUACUUCCUUUAAGGCGAGAUUUGUAGGGGUUGCUUUCGCAGCUCAUUGGAAAGAGUUCGCUCAGAAAUUCAAGCACUUUUUUGUUUAUAACAUCAUACAUAAGAAGGCCAAGCCGUUUGUUCCUCCUCGUAGCUAAAUUAUCCCAAUUAAGAAAUUUAAUGAAUAAAAAUGUGGUUUAUUUUCUAAUUAUGAUGAGCGCAAGAGUUGACUACAGUGUUAAAUAUUUUAGUUGCUUUGGACAAAGGAUCUGAAGAUGAGUACUGUUCACGUGAUUGACGUGUGUCGAGCCCUGUGGCAUCUGGCCAGCCAUGGUGACAGUGGUGAUGUAUUCAACUUGGCAGACAAGAGUGAUACCAGUAAGGAUUCUUUCAUGGAGUUCUGCAUCUUAUUGCAGCCAUUACAUGUGAUGUUUUAAAUUGCAUCCCUUCAAUUCUGAUUACUCAUAAAUUAUGCCUCACUGACGCUUAUAUUAGUCUGUUUUGUCUGCGGCCGGUAUAAUUGGUAUGGAAAGAGGGAUGUUAUGUUAGAACUUGCAUUACACUGUAGUACUUCAAAAGGUUUAGUGAUCAACUAUGAACGGCAUGACGUGCGAGUUGGUGCGCUUUUUUUUCCACGAGAAGACUUAGACAAAGAAAGGGCUAUGACCUCUCCAAAGGUGAUAUAUUCUUCUCUUCGAGAUUGAGAUUACCGCUCUCAAAAGGGGAUCGAUUCGAUCCAUACUAUGCUACUUGGACCAAAGAUAUUGGCUCUGCACUGUUGCCAUAACUUUACCCGGUCUGGUUACCAACAGUUUCCCCCUGAUCUUUUCUGGCUUGAGAAGGGAGAAUGGGGAGGGCGUUGAAGGUGAUGCUCCCAAAAUAAUAAAAUGAUUAAAUAUGUAAUUUUCUUUCAGCCCAGGGAAGCAUCUCUAACUUUGUCUGUGAGAUAUUUGGAAUUGAGCAUGACUACUUUGGAACUAUGUUGUCGAACAUGGCACGGGUAAGUACUUCUUUCAGCACUCAGCACGGGUCACUAAAUAUAUGUUAUCACGUACCGGUAGUUUAUAAUUUGGCAUUUCCCAAGUCAGAAUAUAUCUUCGCGAUACACCUGUGUUAUUUUUUUUUUCUGAGGAGUUAAUUUUACUUUAACGAUGUUUACUUUCUGUACGUUCUAGCUAAACAUGGCGAGCACUGUUGAGGAUUCCAACGAAAAACACCUUGCUCCUUGGUCGGAAGCUUGCGAAAGAGAUGGGAUUCAUACCACUCCCCUUAGUCCCUAUCUGGAUCAGGUGGGUUCCCUGCGUAGGUUGGAGAAAAAGUGCAAAAAUCAAUGGAAUAUUUACUAUUACCGCGACAGUACUAGCUCAUUUGAUAGAGCGCUUGACCACGGAGCUGACGGUCGCGGCUUCGAUUUCCGGAACCGGACCAAAAAUUAGAAAAAUAAAAUAACUAAGGAAUGAAGGUACUCCCUGUGCCAUGUAAAAGGCUACACCAUUCUCCCUAUUAGGAGGCACAAAAACAGUGUCUUCAAUGAGUACUUUCGUGCUAUUACAUAGACACUCAAAUAAUGUGGCUUGGAGCGGGCCAGUAUACUGAAAUAACAAUAAGUGAGACGAUUAAUGUCUUUUGGUACUCUUCAGGUGCAUAAGAUGUUUGAUCAUUUCCUGUGAUUGAUCCCAAAUAAAAGGUUAUCAAAUGUACUCCCAAGUUUUAUAAGUAUUACUUUUGUUAACAGGAGCUUCUCUAUGACAGUCACUUGUAUAUAAAUGGAUCCAAGGUGGAAGAAACAGGGUUUAGUUACAACCAGCCUCUUCUCACUGGUCAAGCACUAAGAGAGGUUUGUUAUACUUUCCCGUCAUGUUUUGUUAAUCACUCUGUUACUGCAAGAUGCUGAGGCCGUUUCGUUUGCUCGUUUUCGUGUUAUUUCGCCUAAUUUGCCUGUGGCUAAAAUGACAUAGAACCCUUGAGGUUAAUUUUAGUUCCCUUUAAUGAGCUUUGUUUUGUGUGACCAGCUCUGCAAACAUACAUUUCGAAGACUUGGGGUUAUUCUUUAUCAAUUCCUUCUGGUGUGAGAUAGUUAUAAGCGUUUCUCAGUCUAAAAAUUCCCUCAUGCUGUAGGCCAACAUGAAAUGAGCAGAAGACUUUUCGUCCAUGUCUUCAGUCUCUUCACUGGCUUGAACUGCGAACUUGUGCCCACUACUUUAGUCUUCACCUGUAAGAAAGUUGUGGGAAGGAAAGUUCUGGUUCUAGCUAUAGGCAACAUGUAAAGUGAAACUUUAUGCAGUUGCGAAAAGAAAGCCUGAAAAAAAUUCAGGCUUGUACGGGAUUCGAACCCUUGACCUCUGCGAUCGCUUUCUUUUCGCAACUGCAUAAGUUGCUUAUACAACUACGAUGAUCUUCACUCCGCAGUUUACAGAUAUGAUUUUCAUAUAUUCAUAAUUACUGUAUAAUGUGAUCUUUUUGUGUAGGUCCUUGAUGAUUACGUACGUACUAGAAUGUUUCCACCUUCACUAGCUCAUCCAAGGUGAUGGACAUCGUUUAUGCCUCAGUUACUAUCAAGGUGCAGUGGAAGCGGAACAGUUAAUGGUAACAGGAUAAAUCAAUGACAAGAUCGUUGCUUUGUUCCCUUCAACAUGAAAUGGCGAAACUCGUGACGCUAUGAGAUUCUACGUGAAAGUCACAUAAAAGAAACUCCUGAUGAAAUUAUGAUUAUGAAAUUAAACGUGAUAAGAAAGUGUAGGAAAGUGGAAGGGAAAUGAAAUGAAGC